AUGAAAUAUGAUAUAAAACAAAAUGAUCCAGUUUUAGUUGUUGUUCGACAAAUUCGUGGUGUUGUUUCAUGGACAUUACCAUAUGCAUUUUCUAAUGGGAUGCUUUAUACAAGUGUUGCACGUAUACUUUGUUUGUUCAAUGAAGUAAAUCGUACUCGUCCACAUACAAGUACUAUAUUUGUUGAAAUUUCAACAUCAAAUCCAGAUUUAAUUGAUUACUCUAUUCAACUUGAUAAUACAACUGAAUAUCUACUUGAAACAGGUGUUGAACGAAGUUUUACUGUUUCGCCAGCUAUGCCUGUCUAUUAUAAAUUUAUAUUUCCACCUAAUAUUGAGAACAUUUUCAUUGAAGUUAAAUCUAAAGAUGAUCUAUGUGCUGUUGUAUCUGUUCAAUCAUUUGAUUGUCCAGUUUAUGAUGUUGGUGAAAUUGGUUUUAGACAAGGACAUUAUCAAACAAUGUCAAGAAGUGCUUCAUUUAAUGUUUAUUCUAGUGAAUUUACGAAACGAAAUGAAUUUCUUAUUGUUUUUCUUGUUAAACCAACGGAUGUUGACUGUUUGGCUUACAAAGAAUCAGCAAUGAUUGAACCAGCUGGUGUGGUUGAUGUUCAACGAAGCAAAAAUGCAACAGUUAUAUUGAAUUCACCAAAAUAUUCUAAAUAUCUCUAUAUAACAAUAUUUGUGACAACUGGUUUAUUCUUUUUAAUUUAUAUGUUCGCUUUUCUUAUUAUGUGUAAACAUUCAGAUAUUUAUGAUGAUUUAGCUCCAGAUGCUUUACCAAUUUUAGAAGCACGAACAGAGCGAGAACUUACUGAACAUCGACAUAAUGGACAACCUCAUCAAACGUCUCAAGGUGAAGAUAAUGUAAUAGAAUCAAGGGCACAUGAUUAUGAACAUCAAACAUCUGCUGUUGAAGUUAUUGAAACAUCACAUCGUGGUUUUGUAACUGUUCAUGAUUUAUCUGUAAAAGAUUAUGAAUAUUCAAAACAAAAAUUUCGUAUAUAUCCUCAAACAAUGAUAACAAUUGCUAUAUUUUAUUCUUUACCUGUCAUUCAACUGGUAUUACAAUAUCAAAUAAAUAUUGAUUCAAUUGGAAAUGAAGAUAUAUGUUAUUUUAAUUUCUUAUGUACACGACAAUUUGCUACGUUAACAGCAUUUAAUAAUGUUUUUUCUAAUAUUGGUUAUUGUGUACUUGGUAUACUUUUUUUUAUUAUUGUAUAUCGAAGAGAUAAAGCUUAUGCUCGAUUUCUUACGAAAUAUCCAGCAAUAGGCAAAGAAUAUGGUAUUCCACAACACUUUGGUCUCUUCUAUGCAAUGGCUAUUGGUUUGUUUAUGGAAGGUAUUCUGAGUUCAUGUUAUCAUGUAUGUCCAUCAAGACAAAAUUUUCAAUUUGAUACAAGUUUUAUGUUUAUAAUAGCGGUUUUGAAUCUAAUUAAAAUUUAUCAAACAAGACAUCCAGAUAUCAAUCCACGUUCAGCUGGUGUAUUUUCAUUUUUAGCUGUUAUUAUUUUUGUAACCGUUAUUGGAGUGUAUUAUGAUAAACAAUGGUUUUGGAUAAUUUAUGCUAUUAUUCAUAUAAUCGUGUGUUUAACAUUUACAGCAAAAAUUUAUUAUAUGGGAAAAUUAAAAAUUUCAUUUCGUGUACAUAUUCAUUUAUAUCGACUUGUAAAAGGCAAUGGAUUUCUUUCUCGACCACGUUAUCUAAAUCGUAUGAUAAUAUUGAUUGCAGCUAAUUGUAUUAAUAUUGCAUUUGCUUUAUAUGGUGCAAUAGCUCAACCUGAUUCAUUCCCUGAUCAUCUUCUAUUUAUUUUUCUUGGAAAUUUAGCUCUUUAUUUAAUAUAUUAUAUUUUCAUGAAAAUUGUUCAUCGAGAAGGCUUUACACGUUUUUCUAUAUUAUUUCUUACAUUGUCAGUAUGUUUUUGGACUUCAUCAUUAUUCUUCUUUUAUCAUGAAGUUAAGAGUUAUGAAGUUCAACCAGCUAUAUCAAGAACAUAUAAUCAACGAUGCAUUGUACUGAAUACAUAUGAUGCACAUGAUGUAUGGCAUUUAUUAUCAUCGUUUGGUCUUUUCUUUUCAUUUCUUUCUAUACUAACAAUCGAUGAUGGUGUACGAAAGAAACAACGAAAAGAAUUGGCAGCUUUUUAA